AAAAAGCCAUAAUAGCAAUGAUCAAGAGUCCGAGUAAUGAAUUAAAGGGUUCGCUUUCCAAACCAAGUCCAAGCGAAUUUGUGAUAGAUUGAUAAGGAACAAAGACCACGAUUUGUAACAUCUAGAGAGAGGCGCUUUCGCCGACAAGAAGAUGGCGCCCUCCUCGUCGACGUCCACGACGGGCGUCAUGUCCCAACAUGAAGUGAAGGCGAACCCCAAGGUUCCAGACUGUGUCAUGCUCGCUUUCGAGCGAUAUCAGCUUGGCUGUCUACACGAGGAACUCGCGGGUCCGGAACCGCGACAGCUACAAGCACUGGACAUCAUUCUCGAUAUAUGUAGGGUCGAACCUAAGGCGCAAGAAGGUAACUAGACAUCUUUGAAUUAUUUUUUUAGGGUCUGCUGACAGACGUGGGAUUUCGCGCUGCUUGUUUUCGAAAUAAAUCAACAUGAAUAUUUUUAUUAUUUUUAAGAUAGUAUCACAGGAAGGCAGCGCUGCGUGUGAGUUUUCUUCAGAAGAUCAACUUCUACCACAAGGAUAUCAACAGAUCACUUACCACCUGGGUUUACAAGUUUUAGACUAUAUAAAUAUAGGAAUAUAAAGUCUUGGAGGGUUUCGAAAUUUGAAAUUUUUCCAACCCAUCGCUCCGAUCUCCACGAACACCAACAGGGUUGCGGCAGGGUCUUUUGGACGUUUUGAUUCAUAUAAUACGAAACGCUCCUUCGCCAAUGCUUCUUUCAAAGACAGUAGAGGCAUUUCUUCUGCUUUCGCGGUUUGCGAAUGCCAGGGCAAAAUUGUACUGGACAAUCAUAAUCGGAUGUUAGGCCUUGUUCGCUUCUCGAACAAGGUUACUUCUUACAAUAGAAAUUUUAUGUCCUGCUCCUGUUUGUGUAGAAGUUGAAUUUUUUCUACUCGUCCUCGUCGAAUAAAUGGAGAAUUCCAUGUUUUCAUCCGAACAUCAAUCGUCCAGAGUAGCAGACUUGUCGAAGCUCGAAAGACUGCGAGAGGCGCUUCAGACAUCCACCGAGGAGAACAAGAUGCGAUGUCUGGAGUUGGUGCGCAAUUUGACGUUACGACUGGGAACGAAAUUUCUUGGUGUCACAUUGAUUAUAGAGUGUAGCAGAGUGAUUAGUUGGUUCUUGCUCUAAUUCUACAGUAUCCACGUGGAGCAGACGCUUUGGUCAAAGCAGGUUUCUGGACAUGGCUAACGGGCGAACUCUCAUCAGGAGCCAAACCUUCCACACUUCGUCAACAAAUAUUCCGCGCGCUGUACGCGAUAAAAAUCGAAUGUAAGUAUAUUAAUAUUCUAUUUUUUUUACACAAUCGUUCGAUUGAUACUUUUCUUUGUGCAUUCUUUGUUUUAGACUUCUCAAAUUCAAUUAGAUCGCAUUGUGCUGGACCAACCUUCUGGAUUUGACACCGGCUAGAUUGAUGCCUGUGUUGUCUCGAGAUGCCUAUACCGAUGGAAAUCUUUGUUUCUAGACGACAGCACACGUGCACUGCACACGACACGCACAGAGAUAAAACAAUAACAACCUGCUCCAUCAGGUAAUCUAGACCCGAGCAACACCGCUACGUCAAAGAGUCUGAUUAAGCUCAUGCUGAGCAACGACCUUUUCCUUGAGCUCGGGCCAGGGUACUACUCAUACUUUUACCUACGUAUGAGCCUUUCAAUUGAUGAAAGUACUAAACGACACCGCAGUCGAUUAUUUUUAACAAGCCAUCUGCCUCACCUUAGGUAUGCUUUCAGCGUCCUUGAGUUUUGCAUAGCGGUGGCAAGAAACCACGACGACAAAGAGGAAUUCGUGACGAACGAUGGCAUACCACACGUCUACAAGACCUUCUGCGACAGUGGCAACCUCUCUGUGACAGCACGAGGUACUACUUGGUUUUUUGAUGACAACUUUGAAUUCCGAACCUUUUACCUUUACCUCCACCCGAGAGUGUGAGGUUUGUCAUGGUCAUUUUUAUUUCAGUUGCUAUCGCUUCUCUUCUUAUUUCCUUGUGGCGAGUCCUUCAUGCUGUCUUCCACUUGUCUGCUGCUUGCGAAUCGUAACGUGCCCCAUGUGGUGGCCAGCAACUUUUUUCUGAAAUCUCGUCCAAAUCCAAAUCCAAAAGUAUGUUGUAUGGUUGCCUCGCCAUCAUAAUCUUGUACUACAGAGGGUGAGCGGAUUCAAUGCAUAGCCGCGGCAUUGCAGUUUUUAGGGACGUUGACAAUUAGUGUCACCGGCAAGAAGCAAGUCGUGGAAAGACUUGGAGCGCACGCAUUUGUAGCCUUUUUAGUCAAGGUUUUGGAUGUGGAGAGCGGCAAAUUGGAGCGGACACUCACGCAGAUGAUGUUAUGCAGAUGUUGAACACCCAAACAACUUGAAUCAACCUGAGAUCUGUUCUUGGUGAUCCUACUAUAAUGCAUAUAAUCUAGUUUUGGUGAUCCUACAACAACUACUGACUCUUGCCGAAGUUCUCUCAUCUAACCUCUCUAGAAGUCUGUGAGCAUCCGGAGAUGCGAAAAGCGAUGCGAACCAGUGCGCAGCUUGUGGAUAAGUUGCGUAGUAGCGAAAAACGCGCAGACGAGUUCGCGAAGAAAAUCCUACACAAGCUGCUGGACAACAUCCACUGGGAGCCAGGAAAGCUCCAGCCAUAAAAGGCGCAGGCUUCGCCUUAGGGAGUAGCAAGAGGAAGAAAACGCAGAACGAUGUUGUUUGAGAAUGUCUCUCUGCGUGACCACCAUCAGGAUUUGACGCAGGUGGGAAUAAUGCGAGAUUUAGUUCCCAGACAGUAGCCCGAUCCAUUUUGAAUUUACCGAAACCGACACUAGCUCGCGAAAAAACCGAAAACUAGAGAAAUUUAUUCACGUGAUACUAUAAUCCUGAACCUGAUCUCAAUUUUUCCUAGACAAAGUACAGUUUUGCGGCAAAUAAUAGAAUAGCAUUUGAUGCACACUCAUUUCAUAUUUAUGGUGAAAGUCGUAAAUUGGAAAUUAACGUGGUCCCUCCCCUGCAUGUAUAGUAAUCGGAUGCCUGCUCAGGGUGUGCAUAGUAGCACGUUUCUCUGUCGAGAAAGGCAUUUUUUUGCAUAGAAGCUUGGGGAGGUAGGACUUUCCUGUCCUCUGCGAUAAGGCGGGACACAAUGUCAUGAUAAGCUGAAGCCGGAGUUGGUGCAGUGGAACACCAAGGGCGACUUUGCUGCUUAUGAUCAAUUUGUUUUUUUGGGCUUUCAAGUAGUCGUUGUGAAGAAUCAUUUAGUACUGUGUAAUUUUCAUCAUUGUUGUCAUAAUAAUUUUGAUUGUUGCUCAUACCAUUACCAUGCGAGACACAUCGUUGUUCAACGCGGCUGCGCUGCUAUCAGUCGUCCUUAAAUGAUAAUGCCAAAUGUUCCUGUAGCUAAUCAUUCCAUUUCCAUUUACUCAACAUAGCACUGUGGAGACAUGAUGUUUAAACUCGAGUACUGCACCUUUCAGAGAAUAUAGAAGACGAACUACAAAAACUCUCCAUCAUGAUCAUGGUGAUCACGAUGUCACACUCCUCUACGUGCAACAGUGCGCGUUAGAUCCGCGGACGAAUGCGAAUAUCAUCAUGCUGGCCUACUCAUAUGGGCUUCCGGUAAUGGAAAAUGAGAAGCAUUAGAAGGGUC